AUGUUCGCUCGGUACAAGCUCGUCUCCUCGGCGGAUCAGGCCCCGGAUCACGCCUCGUGUUCGGAUUCGGCGCACAGACGACACUAUCCGACGAUAGCACUGGUCGUGCUUUCCUUCGCAAACGUCUGUGUAUUGGGCUUCUCGAUUGCCAUAUGGCGCACUGCGGGUGUGGCCGCCACGGCGACCCCGGGAGAUUCUCUGACCAGCCUCGCCCAGUCCAGCACCCUUGAGGUUCCCAACGACCUCGCUAGGGUAGAGUCUCUUCCUAUCGCGUAUGUCCCUUUUCAUUGGAAUACGCCAUGGGGUGCGCCCAAUGCGACGGAAGCAGACCCGCUGUGGGACAGUAUCAACACUGCGCAUGGUCAUAUCGCAGUUGACCAUGAGUUCGCAGCAGAGAACCACGUUUUCGGGAACGAAGACACCAUCAUUGAACUGAGCAGUGACUGA